GCUCCCCUUUCAUUUGUAGGAAAGUAUAGAUAGUGUGGGUGUGUGCUCCUCUGAGCCAUUAAGAUAGUUGUAACGCAUGCACAAAGUAGGGUGUGUGGCUACAACAGAGACAGGCAGUUUGUGUUAAAUGUAGUCAAACAAGACUUGAGGAGGAAGCAUGUUACGUAAUAAUCACAGAUAGGUGGAAGGAAUUGAAGGAAAGGCCCAAAGUAAAAGGGUUAGUAGUUGUUUCAGAGCAUCAGCGUUAGACAGCACUAAAAGGGGGAGCAAGCAACAGAGAAAGAGGCAGAGAGAAAGAGAGCAGGAAACGAAAAGAAGACAGAAGGGAGGCUGCUUUCGUUCAAUCUUGUUACUGAUUUUACUGAAAGGUUUCCUCUGUCCGCACCAUGGGAAAGUCAGCCUCAAAGCAGUUUGCUGAGGAGGUGCUGCGGUGCCAUAAUGAGUACAGGAAGAAACACCAGGCUCCUCCACUGAAGCUGAGCACCAAGUUGAGCAGAGACGCUGCCCGGUAUGCUGAAAGUCUGGCCAGCACAAGGAUCCUGAAACAUAGUGUGGAGUCCAGUAGAGGGAGCUGUGGAGAGAAUCUGGCAUGGGCGUCCUAUGAUCAGUCAGGGAAGGAUGUGGCAGACCGCUGGUAUGAUGAAGUGAAACAGUACAAUUUCAACCAUCCUGGAUUUUCCUCUGGCACUGGCCAUUUCACAGCAAUGGUGUGGAAGAGCACUAAAAAGCUGGGUGUCGGUAAGGCCACUGCAUCAGAUGGUUCUUCCUUUGUGGUGGCAAGAUAUUUCCCAGCUGGCAAUAUCACCAACCAGGGACACUUUGAGAACAACGUUCUCCCAGCUAAAACCACUUCCUAAAGAUGCCUAAAUCGACAAGACUUGACCCAAGCCCAGAGGCAUUUAUUACUUUUUCCAUGAGGGAAGUUAUCUGCCUGCACUGCUGUGGAAAAUACUCAGGAGAGCAACACUUCUUGACCCAUACUACAAUCUUGUAUGGAUUCUAAAAGAAGAAAUGCACCUUGGGCUUUUAGUCCUAUGUUUGUAAUUUGGAAAGGGGUGUGUAAGAUACAGUGCUUAAAAUGAAAGAAGCACUACUGUUUAACAUUGCUAACAACACAUGUCCAGAGACCAUGUGGACUGUAUAAUCUUGAUUUUUGAAUGUUGUUUACAUUGCCUGUGACAGUAUUUCAUUCAUUAAUUCCAGUACUUUUAUAUAUUCACACACUGAAAUAAAUCAUAGCUUCACAUCUGUAUUUGUGUAAGAAUGGGAACUAAUUCAGUCAAACGGACAGGGAAUACAGAUUUACAUAUGGAGUCAUUGCUUGUAAUUUAAAGCUGAUGACUCAACAUGCUUGCUAUGUGUUCGUGUUAUUGCCACUGCCUGUCAAAGCAGAACUCCGUCCCGGGUGUAUGUUUUGUACUCUAAUCAGUUUUGUACAAUAAAGUUGAUAAAUUGUCAGAAAUGCAUUUGGCAUCUGUCCAUGCAUGCUAGUGUUAUCAGUACUGUGUGACAUAUUAGAGAGUGAGAAACAGAUGAAAAUGAGAGUUUCAUCUCAUAGCCAGCAAUCACUUCUUU